GCGGCGGAGGAGCCUGUAGCCACGGGUGCCAUAAAAGAAAAACAGUAUUGUGUGUGUUAUACCCUAGGCAUGUGUCUGUCAUCAGAACAACUAGCCGUUAUGCCCCCUUUUAUUUUCUUUCUAUCUUUUGUGGGAAGAGGCGCCUCUGUUCACAACCCCCCCCCCCCCCCCCCCCCCCCCCUCCUUAAUUCCUCUCUCUCUCUCUCUCUCACGUGCCCCAUCUGAUGAUCUGUUCAAUCCCAUCUCCAGUUCCUAUUACAAAACCAUAAACCUUCUCAACCCCAUAUCUAUUCUCUCUCUUUCUCAUUCUUCUUCUUCUUCUUCUUCAGAAAUCCCUUGCUUUUAUGGAGUGCAAAAACCCAUCUCAGAUUAAACUUCAUUUUCUGGCGAAAAGAGAGGCAAAUUGGUGCCACAUUUCCACCAAGAGAAAGGAGAAAUGGAAAGGGGAGUUUGAGUUUGUAUUGUUCCUUCAAGUGCUGCUGGUUUUUCUGGUCCAGCCCGUUUCAGGCCAAGCUUGGGACGGCGUGGUUGUCACCCAAGCGGACUACCAAGCCCUCCAAGCCUUCAAGCAUGAACUGGUGGACGCUAAAGGGUUCUUGAAGAGCUGGAAUGACUCUGGAUAUGGAGCUUGCUCGGGUGGUUGGAUCGGUAUCAAGUGUGCUCAAGGCCAAGUGAUAGUAAUCCAGCUUCCAUGGAAGGGUUUGGGCGGCCGAAUCACCGAAAAGAUUGGGCAGCUUCAAGCCCUCAGGAAGCUCAGCCUCCACGACAAUCUUCUUGAGGGUCCAGUCCCCACAUCUUUGGGGUUUCUCCCCAAACUCAGAGGUGUCCAGCUCUUCAACAACCGGAUUGCGGGUUCAAUCCCACCUUCCAUUGGAUCCUGCACUCUGCUUCAAACUCUCGAUUUAAGCAACAACUCUUUAUCGGGUUCAAUCCCAUAUAGCAUUGCCAAUUCUACUAAGCUUUAUAGACUCAACCUUAGCUUUAAUUCCCUAUCUGGCUCAAUCCCAGAUAGCCUAACUCGCUCACCUUCCUUGAUCUUUCUUGCUCUUCAAUACAAUAAUCUCUUUGGAGCAGUUCCUCCUCCUCUUGGCAAAUCCAGUGAGCUCCAAGAGCUCUCCCUUGGCCACAACAAAAUCAGUGGAACACUGCCAGAUGAAAUGGGCAGGUUUUCCAGGCUCACAACACUUGAUCUCUCUUACAAUGCCAUCAAUGGGAGCUUGCCUAUUGGCGUCUCCAAUCUGUCCUCACUUAAAGUUCUCAACUUGGAGAACAACCACCUUGAUGGCCAAAUCCCAGAAUCAUUGAACAAACUACAGAAACUUAGUGUUCUUAAUUUGGCUCACAACAAUCUCAGUGGAGAAAUCCCCAGCUCCCUUGGUGAUCUCACAAAUCUCAGUUCCUUCAAUGUUUCUUAUAACAACUUAUCCGGCCCUGUUCCAAUUCGCCUCUCCCAAAAGUUCAAUUCAAGCUCCUUUGUGGGAAACCUUCAGCUAUGUGGGUUCAGUGCUUCAACCCCGUGUCCUUCAAUGGCUCCUCCUGGUUCCCCCCCUCCCUCUCCCGAGAAACCAAAAGGGCCGGGCCGGAAGCUGAGUACCAAAGACAUUAUUCUCAUAGCAGCCGGCGCUCUGCUUAUAGUCCUGCUUUUACUUUGUUGUAUUUUGCUCUGCUGUUUGGUCAGGAAAAGGGCUGCCUCAAAGGAGAAGGAUGGCCAGGCUGCAUCAAGGGCUGAAAAAGGUGUCCCGCCGGCCGGAGGCGAAGCCGAGGCAGCCGGAGAGACGGGCGGAAAGCUCGUCCAUUUUGACGGCCCCAUGGUGUUCACGGCUGAUGAUCUUCUGUGCGCAACUGCGGAGAUUAUGGGGAAGAGCACUUAUGGAACUGUUUACAAGGCCACUCUGGAGGAUGGCAGCCAAGUUGCGGUGAAGAGGCUGAGGGAGAAGAUAACUAAAAGCCAGAAGGAAUUUGAAGCUGAAGUCAAUGUGCUUGGGAAGAUCAGACACCCCAAUCUCUUGGCUUUGAGGGCUUAUUACUUGGGCCCCAAAGGAGAGAAGCUUCUUGUCUUUGACUACAUGCCUAAGGGAAGCCUAGCAGCCUUCCUCCAUGCACGCGGCCCUGAGACUGCGAUUGAUUGGCAGACAAGGAUGAAGAUAGCGCAAGGCACAGCUCGGGGCUUGCUCUACCUUCACGCAGAAAUGAACAUAAUCCAUGGCAACCUCACAUCCAGCAACGUUCUGCUUGAUGAUCACACCAAUGCAAAGAUCUCCGAUUAUGGGCUUUCCCGGCUCAUGACGGCGGCUGCGAAUUCCAAUGUGAUCGCGGCUGCCGGGGCGCUGGGGUACCGAGCGCCGGAGCUCUCGAAGCUGAAGAAAGCGAACACAAAGACUGAUGUGUACAGCCUGGGAGUGAUCAUCCUGGAGCUCUUGACAGGGAAGUCCCCUGGUGAGGCAAUGAAUGGUGUGGACUUGCCUCAGUGGGUUGCCUCCAUUGUGAAAGAGGAGUGGACUAAUGAAGUUUUUGACUUGGAGUUGAUGAAGGAUGCGCCUACAAUCGGCGAUGAGUUGCUCAACACGCUGAAACUGGCUCUGCACUGUGUUGAUCCCUCGCCAUCAGCGCGGCCGGAAGUUCAGCAGGUCCUACAACAACUGGAGGAGAUUAGACCGGACACCAGGACAGCUGCAGGUUCCGGCGACGAUGGGGAUGGGGCGGGAGCCCCCUCUUCCACGAGUGACUAGAAAGGGAACACUAGUAGUUGGGUUUUUGAUUGUUUAGUAGGUAAAAGAGGACAUGCGUCUGUUCUCGAAUUCUUUCAUUCUUUUAAAUUUUUGAUGCCAUGCAGCGAGAGUGUGGUCUCUCAAGUGUGUCUGUAAAAAUACCCGUUUUGUUUCCGUUCAUUUUUAGUGAAUGAUUUCUGUUGGGUU